UUCCCCCUCCUUCUCCAUCUAGGGCUGGGCUAGUCUCUCCCCUUCCUUCUCUCCCUUUGCUCGACGGGGCAAAAGAUCCUCCGGAAAGUCCCUCUUUUGCUGGAGUUUGGACACACACACACACAUAUAUAUUAAAGAAACAAGGGGAGGCUGUUCUGGAGCGAAAGAUCCCAUCAUUGAUUUGAGGCGGCAUGAUGCGAGACUUUGGAGCCCCUGAACUAAUAAGAAGCUGAGAUUUUUUAUUUAUUUUGGGAGGCACAAAUACACCCUUUGGGAAACCGGGAACUGAACCCACCAUGCUCAUUUGGGGAAAUGGACCUGCAUGCUCUAAGAUUUUGCCAGGAGUGUUGAAAAAAAUCAGUGUGAUGUGGCAGGAAGCUCAACUUCCCCCAGUGUGAACAAACGGUUCUCCAACAUAUGUAUUUCCUUGGACAGAGAAGAUUCAUGUUCUCGGCAGCGAGCAUCUAGGACAGCUCCAAGCCCGGAAGUGCCAAGAUUUAUGGGUAACCCACAAUUGUGGUUUCUUUGAAGACUGAGCCACCAGCCGUGGCAUCUGAAGCAGAAGAAACCAAGCAGAUGCGAGCAGGAGGAGCAGAACAUGCCAUGCUAGGCCGUAUUCUUUGUGGCAGGGAGCUGAUCUUCGAGAGCCUUGGGUCCCAAGUAAACUUUGGUUGCUCUGGGUGUAUAGCUCCCACACCUGCCCUUUAGUUAUUAUAUUAUAAUAAUAUAUCUAUAUUAUUGUGCAUCCUCUCCUUGUGCCAUGUUCCUCAGCAGAGCCAAGUCAUGGCUCCCUGGGCUGCCUUGGCGACGAGGAAAGGCGAAGGACGUGAGAAAGGAAGAGGAAGAAUUGCUGGAGGAAUGCACGGCGCCCCCGAAACCAAGGUGGUGGAGCGGCCGCCGCCUCUUGGGAGCCAUUGGUUGGGGCCAAAGUUCCACUACUGGAGAGCGCUCCCUAUUGGCCGGGAUACCUCAGUAUCUCUCCCCGCCGAAAGCAUCUGUGGAAUCGCCAGAGCACUUGCAGAUCUGCUUCAACUUCGCCCGCCACCUCUUUGACCUGUGCGUGGUGACUUUGCUCUGUGCCUCAUCCCCGGCCUUCCGGCUGGUUUUGGAUAUCCUGGGAUUUGGGGGGCCCCUUAAGGUCUGGCUCCACGGCCUUGCCUGCUUCUUAGUCACCGCUUACGGGAUGUACUUGGCCCUGUGGCUGGUGCAGGAGUACCUCGUUCAGUUUGCCUGCCUCUACGGCUUCCUGCAGACCCUGGUUUUGUGCGUCAGUAUUCAGGCUGGCGGGCCUGAGCCCCCAGAGGAGAAAGAGCCCAUCGGCCCCGACCCAGCCGAGGAAGAGGAACUGUCAGCAGCCGGCACAGGCAAGCAGUUGCCGCCGCUAUAAGGAGGAAGACUGUGUUGGCCCGCCUCCUGUGGCUGUUCGGGGUAGAAAUGGGCGAAGGAAGCCAAAGAGCGCGGCCGAUGUGGUCCCCAUUUAGGAUGGUUGGACAGACAUGCACAAAAGGGGGGGGGUAGAGAGUGUUGUGCAGCAUGUGUAUGUUUGCAAGAACAUAUGUAUGUGUGUAUGUCGUCCCCCCCCCUUUGCAGGUGGUUCCAAUGCCCAUUUGUGAAUGGCUUUGGGGGGAGCAAAGGGAGGGAAAUACAUCACAGCUAUUACCACUUAGAGGGGCCUUGGAGAAAUUAUGGGGCACGAGGGUGGGGAGAGUUGGGUGCACGCCACAUCCAAACUAGUCUGGACCUGGUUUUCCUGUCUUGCCUGCCCCCAGUGGAUCUUGGGAACUAGAUUGGCGGGAAGGUGAGGGGACUCGAGGGUUCAUUGACGGGGAACUAUUUGACCACUGAAGAAUGGACAGGCCUCUGUAGAGCAUGUUUGGCUGGCAGUUUUGAAGAAGCGUUGAGGGGGUCCCCGCACAUACCCAGUUCCUAUAAUCUGCAAAGACUGGUGAUUUCAUCAGUCAGUGGGUCCUCUUUUAACGUUUUAGCAGAGGUGUCCCUAGACCCAGUGUGAGUUGUCUAGAAUGGACACUGGGAGCUGUGCUUUGAUCUUGGACAGCAAGCAAGUGCGGCGUUCUUCUCUGGUGGCCUAGCAGGUGAGGACGAGGGGCUGCCCUUUGGACAAUCACGUUUGGAAGGUGGAAGGGAGAGGGCAGGGGAAAUAAUCUGGGAACAGCCAGUAGAUGCCACAUUGCAUCUCCUUGCCCCCUUCUCAGGCUGGGGCGAGUGGGUACUAGGGUACAGUGCGAUGGAGAACAUCCUAUCUUAACUGGGACCAAAGAGUGGAUUUAUCGGAGGAUAGGGUGGGGUGGGUUUGAGAACUAAGGGUCAGAUCCUAUGAGAGAGACC